GCCGUCACAAUGGUCUUGUCACAAUGGACAUAGGAGACCUGUCCAGUCACGCCUCCCUCUCUCAUUCUCUACCCCAACUUCACCCUGAAGUCAUCAGGGCCCGCCGCCUUUCCUAUCCAUUGCCUUGAGUCGUUCGCCAUUGUCUGUAGCGACGAGCGCGAUCUGGCUAUGUUUCUUCCUACUCCUCCCAGCACAGCGCAUCGCGCCGACAAAGAAAAUCGUCCUAUUGCCUCAUCGUGGCAUGUGAUAUGGUCGUCUACCGACAAGAUUCACCCUCUUUCUAGUCUACCACGCGUUCCACAAAUUCGCAGCGCGUCCAAAGACCAUCCAACGAAGUCGAUCCUGAAGAAACCGUCGCGUUUAUCUCCGAUUCCAGAGAUGAGCAAACGAGAGAUCACACCAGAACCCGGCUCUCCCCAGGAAAACGACAAGUACCUGGUGACACCGCUGUCGAAAAUCGUUGCCUCUGAUCCCUCAAUGUCGGACCUCAUCGAAUCCUACUCAAUCUUAACGGCAAGGCUUCGGUCCUGUAUUCAUGACGUGGAUGAAGUCAAGUCAUCGUGGCCUCUUUUUGAUCCACUAAGAGAACGCCGAGCGAAGCUUGCAAAUGCCAUCGUCAGAGAUGUAGGAAGGGCGCUGGUGGAUCCCCUUGGAGGUGCGUUGACGGAGAAAGAACAGAGCAGGGUCCUCCUCCCAUCACCGAAACAAAGUCCCAAGAAAAAGAGAGGAAUGGAUGCGGACCAAGUAAAAUACGCCCGCGAUCUCUGUACGACCACCCAUGCUGUCAUCAAGUUUCUGGGUUUUGUCCUUACAAUACCUGCCAUUUCUGAGAUCUUCACAGACGCUGAGCUACGGUCUGUGAUGACCAGCGUCUUGGCUAUACCGCUUGCCAAAGAGCUCCCUACACUAUAUACGCGCAAAACGUGUGCGCUAUCUAUCUGGCUCAUUCAAGUCCAACGACUUCCUGCAGAAGUUCUCGAGCCCGCUGCCGAUCGAAUCGCCUACGCGCUCUCGCGUGGCAUCGAUGGUGAGUUAGGAAAAGAAGGUAAAAAAGGUUCUGCAAAUGAUGGACUAAAGGCCAUUCAUGAUCUAUCUCUGCACCAACCCUCAAUAUUCGUGCCUGCAUUUGCGAAAAUUAUCCCGUCUGUCUUCACAAACCUGCUCAGUCCAAGCAUCGUUUUACGUCUGCAAGCGUGCCAUGCCCUUGGAGGUCUUGCCAUGGCCAGCUCGACCCUUCCCGCAUCGGAAAUGCACUCAGAACUUUCAGAAAGUGUCGCAACAUUCCUCACAACUACUCCUCCUAAACUGUCGCCGUCCAAAAACAAAAACUCUCUUGCUCAUGCUGAAGCACCCAUCGUUCGAACGUUGCGAACAACCCUUAGCGCUACGGACCCUCUACAUGUCGCCCAUGGACCGGUUUGGGGUCUUCACAUCCUUGCAAGCUUCCUAGCCCUGCUUCGUUCCAGAGUCUAUGAGGAUCAAGUGAUAUUCCGUAUCAUCUCCGCUCUCUUUCAGUUGCCAAUGAGACACAAGAAGAACUCGGUUCGAGGGCUGCUGUGUGUUGUCUGGCGCGUCAUUACCUGGGUUUAUUUCCAGCCUCGCCUCAUCUCGUCUGAUGAGCCGACUUCGAGUACCGGGUCUGCUCACCAGCUAGUGUCCACUCGAGAAAAUUGGUGGAAGUUCGUGAAGACGAUCGUAUCGAUGCACGCAGGCAUUAGCACCCUCGCUGCAUUGUUUGGCAGUGGCGCCACUUCCGAGGUCAUGGAUCGGGCCGUUGACCUACUCGAGCAUAUGAUGCACAAGCGUGAUUCGACUUUCAAAGACGCCCUUGCAGUCAUGAGGCGGCUCAUAGGCUUUGAAACGCCCGACGUUGAAUGGGACUGGGGACUUCUAACACCGCAUUCUCUGUUCUCCUCUAAUCCUGGUCUUCUUACUGUCGAUUUCACGUCUUUACAGACCGUUGUUUCGCCUAUGUAUGAAGAAUGCGCGGGUGUCGAUGAUAUACGCUCUUUAAGCAAGGAGGAGUUGGUGGACGGUCGCAUCUUGACUGCUUUCUUUAACGCUUGGCGAAAAGGCCUCGCAGGCUUCGGACUGAACGAUGCAGGGACGAUAUCCGAAGUCACAUUGACCUGGAAGUAUCUCCUCCAUGCCCAUUUGAUCACUCACGAAGAGUCUGGGCGCUAUAUAAUAGACGAAGUCGCUCAAAUGGCUGUCGAGACAUUAGAAGACAUCCUCAAAGACUCGAAUGUGACAACGCAUGCUCCUUCCCCUUCAUCUUCUCCGGUUAACACCCCCAUCAAGAUCCCUCGUUGUACUCCCGCUGCUCUUCUCAAGCUCAAAGUUGUUCAAGAUCUAUGGACUGUCACACGCGAGCUGAUACCAAAGGGUAACCUAUGCGUUGCAAACCGUCUUCUCGCCUGUUUGAUGAAGAACGAGUCUGACUUGACAGAUGGCGAUGAAUGCGUGAGAAAGGAGUGGGCUUCGCUAUGUGCUCAAGUGGCUGUGGUAUGUGAAUUAGAGGAACUGAAAGCUUUCUGGUCAUUUGUGGUGGAUGCAGAGAUACCUGCAUGGAAGUGGAAUUGGUCUGAAGCCGUUAGAAGCAUUGUCUGGAGAGGUUUUACCAACGUCUGGCACCACGAAGGCACUUGGGAGGGUAUCAUCGUUCUCCUGAACGUUCCAUUCUUACGAGAACACGUUUGGGAUCUAACUGACGAUGACUUCAGGGAAUGGGAAUCCCUCCUCGGUAUAGGCGUUGAGAAGGCAUUUGACUACGGCAUGGAUGCGUCUGAGUUCAUCGACUCUGUCGCCGCAAAUGUCUCACAAAGUCUUGAUCCAACCUUCACGUCGGCGACAAGGAUAACGGACGCGGUUAUAUCUCGCGUUGACAUGGCAGACGUUCGACAAAUACCCACAUCAUUAGUUGACCUUGUCAGUGAGACACUACGGAUGAGUUAUCCUCCAGAGCCGAGCAAUAUGACGACAUCAUUCUGGAUGGUUAGGUCGCUGGUCCGCAUGCUGGAGACCUGUCCUCCGGAAUUGAUCUCUAAUGUCCUCAGUAUCUUACAAGAAGGACUAUCUUUAUGGAUAUCGGAUGAGUUCAAAGCGUUCAAGCUGUCGGACUAUUCAGGCGAUAUCCUGUCUUUGUACGAGGUGGUCCUCAUGUCCAUGCAAAAUCUUCCGCGCGACCAUGAGAACCUCGCACACUUCGGCGUUCUCAUUGAAGCCGUCUUUUAUGGACGCGAAGACAAACCUCAAGGAAUAUUUGACGCUUUCACCGAUUUCUGGCAGGAUACGUUCUCGACGAAGAUCCCGCUGGGUGGUUGGCCUCAAAAAGUUCGAGCAUUCUUCGGUAUAUGCGAACCUCUCGAGGGGCCAGACCCGGACGAGUUGACAUUGCAUGACACAUGUCCCCAGGGAGAAGCAGUCGAAGAAACGCCUCUGGAGUUGAUUAUGUUCACAACCCCUCCCUCCUCUCCCAUUCAAACACCCGUGCGCCCUCACAAAUCCCCGACCACGUUUUCUCGACAUUUCGACAUCAUGCUAUACUCCCCUGAAUCCCCCACUCUUUCUGGAAGAGCUUCACGUAGAUCAAGCGCCGGAAAAAAAGUCAAGUCGGUUGAUAAUAAGGAGAAUGUACCACUUAGUACACCAGUCACGCGAUCUGUCAAGGACAAACGUCGUUUGUCGAGUGACAGCAAUGAGGGACCAAUCCCAAAGAAGCGAAAAUCCAGGCAUGUCAAGGAAUCUCCGAGCACUGAAGACAAGAUCCAGAAAGUUUUAGCCAUCAAUGUGUAUUCGCCCAAUUCCGAUGUAUUCUCAUCUGGUGGCUCAAGUUCGGGAAGGAGAAAAAGAAUCAUUAUGGAAUCAGUCGAGGUUCCAACGUUAAGAGAGGUUAACCGUAGACGGUUAGUCGGGUCAGGGAAAGACCUUGAUUCGUCGCCUCUAGGAUCAUUCGAUGAUAUGCUUUUCCGGGAGAUUGGAAGGAAACGCUCGGGCUCGAGCUCUUCAAGUUUUGGGUCUAACUGUUGUGAUGACUCUGCUUCCCCCCCUACCAUGGAGCCCGCUUCGUCUGAUGACGAUCCACACUAUGGGCAGGUCACGCCUCACCAUCUCAUUUCACCCGACAUUCCCUCCCGCCGGACAGAAGAUAAUAGACAUGACCAGGACCCUCCCAGCGAUGAUUCAGUUGUAUGUCCUAGUCCGACUAAGGACGUAAUCCAGAGGCGGCUGCAAAGACGGUCGUCAGGGUCUCCAAAAACGAUUUAUUGAUCAAGUCCGAUUCUUUCGCUCUGAAUAACACCCUUUGCUUUGUAUGUUUAUCGCUUUAAAUUAUCAUCGUUAUCAUCCCUUGUUACUUGCAUACCUGUAGUUGUAGUUUUGUCAAAGUUUUGUUCAAAAUCUUAUCAAUUUCGGCUGAAGCGG